AAAAAAUGUUUUUGAACGGUAGGCGCGGAAACUUUUAUUUGUUUGUAUUGUAUCAGAUUUCUGUAGGCAGGUUAAUUCGAUAUUGAAUCAGUUUUAAUUGCUUUUUCUUGUUAUUUGUUUGUUAUACAUAUGCUAGACGCAAAAAUAAUAACUGAUACUGGUAUUUGCGUCAAAACUGAAGUACAAGGAGUAUCGUGCGUAUUUGAAAAGCUUACACAACAGUUUUUUACACAGUUCUGGCGUUUUACAAUGUAGAUCAGUUAAAGUAACCUAAAUAUUAGAAAAAUGGAGCAUGAAGAAAAGCAUUCACCACAGAAUGAAGCAGAAGUGAUAGUUAUAAAUGAUGAUAUCUCCGAAAUCUCUGAAUCUAAUAACAUAUGUAAAAACAAACGUCAUGUAUACAAAGGCCAACAUCAUAAAAGGAAGCGUAAAGUGAAAGUGGAAACUGCAAAUAAUAAAGAAACUUUGAUUGUAACACAAAAAGUGGAACUGAGGAAAAAGAAGUUUAAAUGUGUAAUUAACCUUACGAAUGUCUGUGAACAUAAUCAGAAGAAGAGUCGAGUUUUGAAGACUAGUUUGAAAUACGCAAAUAGGGAUAGAAUAGUACCACAGUGUUUGAGGAAUACCUGCUGCACACCCAGAAGAAAUGAAAAAAUAACAAGACAAUUUAAUACUAAGCUCAGACACAGCAAAGAAAGAAGCAGAAACAAAGAAAGGUCUAUACAGAAAUCAAAGGAAAAAAGAAAGUCGAACUAUUUAUCUCCUGUAUCCUCACUGGAGUUGCGGAAAUCUGAUAUUACUUAUGAAAACAUAAGCUCUGAGAGCUUCAGUUUUUAUUCUGAUGAAGAGCUGGAUACUCUGAUUAAAAGGACUAGAGAUCGCGAAAGAAAACUGAGCCAGACAUUUGAGAGUGUGCCCCCAUCAACUGCACUGCCGACACCAUUGUGUUCAAGUACACCACAGUACAUUGAAAGUGUCUCGGAUGUAGAUAACUGCACAAUAAGAAGUGGUGAAAUGGACAUUUCUAUUCAGUCACUAGCCACACUUGUCCUUGAACCUCAGCUGGACAUAUAUUCUCCUACACAGCCUACUGGAAGCUCAGAAAACGACCCUGAAUACACCCUUACACUUGAAGACACUAUAGACUAUUCUCCUGUAAAACAUACUGUUAGUCAAAUGAAUCAGAAUGUGCAUGAUCCUAUCACUGAAAACAUAAUGUAUUUACCAUCUAAACCUCUUGGUACUAUAAAACUAGAAACCUCUUGUGAAAUGAAAGAAGAAUCUGUUAAUUCAAUGCCAGUGACUAUGGCAAAUCUAGAAGCCAAAUAUUGUAAUCAAGUAAAGACUGAAUACUGUGAAAGACCGGAAACUGAAAAUGGUAUACUGUGUUCAAUAAAUGGGAAGUCAGAUAUAACAAAUAAUGAAAAUGAAUUCCUUGGGAAUAGUCCUAAACAAUUGAAACUUGAAAAUGAAUCAAUUAAUCCUCAAUUGAUAAAGUCCGAAAAUACUCCUGUAGAGUUUCAAAAUUCUAAUAUUUUAAAUUGUUUGGGGGAUCGUCCAAUAUCAAUUAAAAUUGAAAAUGAUUUCAAUGAUAAUAUUUUAUGUCAAGAGGUAGAAUUUUCGCAAAAAUAUAGUAUAAAGCCAGAGCAGUAAGUAAUAUACUUGAUAAGAUAUAAUGCUGAAAACUAGAAAGAAAAACCAAAAAAAUAUAGACAUUAUUCUAGUUAUAAAUUAAUCAGUGUGCUACAUUUCUCGAAAGAUAUUAUUAUAGUAGGUACAUAAGUUAUAUGUUUUUUACAAGUUUUUAGGGUUGAUUGUGUUAUUAGUUUACUUAGCUAUAAAAAUUAACAAACAAUGUGUAUAAUUACUGUUGAUUUUGUUGUGUAAUUAUUAAAAAGAUUUUCUAUGCAUAUGUUAAUUUCUAUAGAUAUUUCUAUAUUGUUUUUAAUAUUUCAGCAAAUGCUACAGAAGCUGCGUAAUAAUAGCAGCUCUGUGACGGAACUGGCUCUUUUAAAAAGGCGGCAUGCGUUUGAUCGAAAUAUUUUUUUUUGUCCUUUCUUUAUUUAAUUAUUAAGGUUACUUUU